AACGAGGCAUAUCGCGGAACAACAACCGCAAGCCAGUACGAUGUUCAUCCAGAUCCAAAGGGACAGGGACGAAGAAGGAACCCAGGAUCGGCCAGUCUUCGCUCCACGCGAUCCGAACUUGCGCGGUGCGCUAAUCCUCUCGGCCAGCGACCCACUCGGCCAGCGCGCGUCCGUUGCGAAAAGUUGCGUGAGAUUUGCGGCAACGGCAACGGCGGCGGCGGCGAUGCCUCGGUGGCCGCCGUCGGUCGUAGCGCGGCGUCCCGCGCGCAGUCAGGUGAUGUGCGUCCUUGACAAGCACCCAGCCAGCUUUGCGCUCGGCGUAACCCCGGCACAGCGCGCCGCUUCACCAGGAAAGCUGCGGAUGGACUGCUAGCGGUCGGUCGCCGGACGGGUAAAAAACAGUCGCUCGGGCCAGCCAGCCAUGCCUCCCGACCUCAGGGAAAACCAUCGGCUGUCGGCAGCGGUUGGGAGGAACCCUGCAACGCCAGAGUCUGCGGAGGACAAGCUGUCGCCGCUGGACGAUGCGCUCAAGAACCGGCGUCUGGGACGUCCUUCGGACUUCCGUUGGGUCACGAGGACAUGGAGCUACCCUGUUCCCGUCUGGUCGACGCGACGCAGCCCGCCGCAGCUGUGUCGCGCCGUGCUCGAGUCUUCGGGGCUGCAGGAAGCCCUCGCCGAAGCCCAGAGGAACUCGGACCGGUCCGCGAAAGACCUGGACCGCGAGGCCCGGGCGUACCUGUCCAUUCUGGCGCACAAGUUCAAGAUGCCCGUGGUGCGCAUCUGGGGCUUCUUCCUGUCUAAGUUGCUCAAACGUCUGUACGAUCAAAUCCUGGUGGAGACCGAGGGAGCGGCGGAGCUGCGCGCCGCCUGCCAGCGUUGUCCGGUCGUCCUGGUGCCCAAUCAUCGAAGCUACCUCGACUUCCUGAUCAUGUCGUUCGUCACCUUUCACCUUGACGCCCCGCUGCCUUGCGCUGCGGCGGGAGACAACCUUCUGUCCCUGCGCUGGGUCAGCUCCACCCUGAGGCACGCCGGAGGAUUCUUCAUCCGCAGGAAGUUCGGGGACGACUGCGUGUACCGCGCUCUCGUCACCGAGUACUUGCAUCAGAUGCUUCUGGAUGGAAGGCAUCCCUUAGAGGUGUUUGUGGAAGGCACCCGAAGCAGAACCGGCAAGUCGCUGCCACCGCGGACCGGAUUUGUCCAGGCCUGCCUAGAACUGUACCGGUCCGAGAAGGUGUCAGAUAUUCUGUUCGUUCCGGUCAGCAUCAGCUACGACAGGGUCUUGGAAGAGACGCUCUACGCCCGGGAAAUGCUCGGCCUGCCCAAGCCCAAGGAAACCAUAGCUAGUCUGCUGAGCGCCCGAAAGAUCCUGGGCGACAAGUUCGGCGACAUUCGGGUACGGUUCGGAACGCCGGUGUCCGCGCGCCAGACCCUCGCCCUGGAUGGCUUCUCCGUGCCGCAGAUGCUCACCUUCCUCGUCAAGCAGCAACAACGGGGCACCCUCUCCACCCACUUCCCGCUGGCAUGUCUGAUCCUAAGCGUCCACAAGGGUUCCGCCUCCGUAACCACGCUCCUGGCGCAGCUAAAUUGGCUGGCGCCUCUAGCCCAGCGCUCUGGAGUGCGCCUAGAGUCCGAGCCAUCCGCCCUGUGGUUCCACGAGCAGGUCAAGCUACACCGGAACUUUUUGGCCAUCGACGGGGACAUCGUUCACGUCCGCGUGGGAGACACGGCCCAGGGAGACCCGGACAUUCUGCCACAGCUACUUCUGGCUCAAUACUCCAACGAAGCCCUCCAGUGGAUCGAACCCUGUUGCAAGCUGGCGCUCUGCGGGUCACGCGGCAUCGAGGCGUUCAGGACCCUCAACAAACUUCUUCAAACAGAGUUCGUCUACGAAGAGUGGAGGGAAGGAGACGUCUUCCGAGAGUCCUUGGACACAAUGUCCAGCUGCGACGUCCUACUUGCGCCGGAGAAGACAAAGUUCCUGGCGUCGUGCCUGGAGCCUUUCCUCUUGGGACUUGCCACCAUCGCCGACUCUGUGGCGCUUCAGGGUGCCCUAAACGAACGCGAGGUUGUCACUGCGUGUCAGGAACGCCUGCGGCAAGAUGUGGCGACGGGACAAAUUCGUAGCUAUAGUCCGUUGUCGUUGGAUUUCAUCAGAAGCAGCUUGCAGUGUCUCGUGGCGCUAGGUGCUGGUGAGCGAGAACAGUCGGGGUUCAUCUGGAAGAAGGAAGUGCUCCUGGAGGUCGCCAAUGAUGCGAGGUCAUUCUUGUGCCAGGAUAGGACUCUGGAUGGCCAACGCUCAGACCUGUGAAUUGGAGUGCUUGCGUUAUACGUGUUGAGACUUGACUGGGUAGAAGAACCAUUUGGGGCCUACACAGUGACCCAUCACAAAGGGAAAAACAACAGAAAGCAAAACUCCAGGUUUUUGUCCCUACCUGAAAACGGAUGCUUCCGUGAAGCUGCCAUAUACUAUGUUCAAAGUUGCACAACUUGUGUUUGGACUGCAUUUAAUCUAUCAUGGUGGCUUAGUUCAGCAAAGUAAGGACGUCGGCUAACAUCCCAAAUAUGCGCAAGAACAACGCUCGAAUGUAGUCACGUUAAAGAAAGAACUUGAUGGAAAGCACUUGGAAGCCUUAGCGACGUUUCACUCUACACCGUUCCACCUUACGUCCGAUCGCAAUCAACGCUACGAUCCGAUAGAGCCAAUCAGGGAGCGCCAAAAAGUGCACCGUCACGGCGCUCGUUGUCUUCGUGCGUUUGUUCUCCCCGGUUAAACCAAUCACCCUCGGGUUUGUUAUGCGUUAUUGGUUUAGCUGGUGAUGGCAGGACCUAGAGUCACUAAACGAACUAUACGUUUAGAGUAGCGGCACUCCGUUCCCUGACCUUACAGUGGGCGACGCCAUCUUGGUGUUUAGUGCAGAGUAGUCGCAAGAGUCGAUCGUCGCAAUUCAAAAUUGCGACUCCCUACCAGCUUUAGAAAGGGUGCUGGGAAGCUCGAGCGAUAUUGUUUUGCCCUGGCUUGAACUGCUUUAACGUUUCUGGGGUACGAAAAAGCGUUUCGUGUGAUUUCAGAUAAAAUUUCAGAUUAUCUUAAGGCAACCAUGAUUUUAAGCACCGAGAUGUUUGAAGUGUCGCCACUCUGAAGCGAAGUUUAUUUGGCGGCUCUAAGCAGACCCAGAAAGAAAACGAUCGCCAUGACAAGGCAUUUUAGAUGAUGUUUAAUCAGCUCUAUUUAUCAUAGUGUCCGCCGCGGUCGAACCUGAAGUAAAAAAGAAUAUAAUAGACUUGGAGAAACGUGCGGCUACCAUUUUCAGGCUUCCGGAGCGAUGAUUUCUUGAAAUCAUUGACGGUAUCAUUCUUCGCAAGCGCGCCAAGCGAUACUGUUAGACAGAAUCAAUCGUCGCGUAACACAGAGUAGUGCUGCUAGUGGAAUGAAAUUCUUGCAUAAAUAUUGCGGCAAGAAAACAAAAACAAUCCUUAGGGAUGACAGACGUUCACGGAAUUCACAUACGAAUAUUUGUUUCUCGUCUUUCGUUUGCUGUAGCGCCUUUACAUCUUGCCAUUUAAAUCGAUGGGCGUGUUGAAGUGAAUGUCAGUCACAUCGUGCGUUGUUGUGGUUGGUACAUAUGAUUUCAUUAUUUGUUGUACUGUUUUCUUAUACAGUCUGCAAAACAGUGCUCAUUCUCGCCUUGGCCACCUAUCAGGCGGCCGGCAAUAUUGUUAAAUAAAAUAAUAAUCACAGAAA